CUCGUCGGAUCUAGAAGGAUCAACAGUUGCUUUCGGAGGCCAUUUUAACAUUUUUCUAUCGAUUUCGAAGAGUAGUGCAUCAACUGCAACUAUGUAUCACCCAUGUUGGCUGAGAAUAGUCGUAGAAAAAAUGAGACUAAUCAAAAUGUUGAAACCUCCCGCCGGCUCGAGAACAUCGCUUGCAUCCGGGACGAUCGUUCGCUGCCUUGCCUCCAGACGAGGUUCAUCUGGUUCAUCUUUUCCUUGUCGUGGUCCCGACCGCGUCCACCAAGGCCACAACGUGGUGUGGCGACUACGACCACGUGGGUACAAGAGUAGAGCGCAGUCAAACUCCAAGCAGGAGGAUGAUUUCAAUGAAAAAAAUGACCUUCCGCCUCCUGUAAAGACAAAACCGCCACCUCCAUUUCCGAUCCGCGUCGCUCUUGUGGCGACUUCUGCUGGGCUUUUCACGCCAGUGAGCGUUUUCGUUGGCGCGGGUGUGAUGUGGAGUCAAAUAUUGCCGCAGAGUCCUAUUGUUAUGACAGAAGGGGGUUCUGAAUUUUCGUGAAGGUGUAGUUAGGUAGGAUAAUUCUGGGAACGAGCCCAUGCAUACUCACUUUGAAACAAAAUCAUGAGACAUGAGUUCCCAUCGAGAUCUUCCGGAUCUUCAUCUACCGCACCUUUUCUACCUCCAGUAGUGCACCGCUGCUUCUAAUAUCAGCCGCUUCAUCAAAAACGCAGGCUCUUUCGCCGGUGUUUUUGGCGCCUUUUCUUUACUCACCGUCCACGUUGGUCCAUGGUUGUGGCGACACGGGGAUUUGGUUCUUCCAUUUGCAAUUUCAAAUGCCCUGACAGCGGGAUUUUGGUAUGCUGUCCUCGAAAAGAAGAUCGGCUUGACCUCUAUGGCGGGUUUGGCACCUGAGAGUUCCUUUCCUGCAUUUUUACGACCUUUCGUGCGAUUGGUCGGGAGGACUUCAUCUACAGGAGCCUCUCCUACAACUGCAUGUGCAAGUAUUAAGGCUCAGCUUUCAAUGGUCACCAUUUAGAUUGGAGUCACUGAGAUCGAAGAAGCGACCCCUUUAGAGAACAGGGGAAAAGGAAGGGAAUGGGGAGAGUUUUGAGGGGGGUCUCCUCCGUUCAGCAUCAUGAUGACCAUUGAGUGCUGAGCUUUAAAAGUAGUACUAGAAGUUCUGGCUCUGGACCAGCACAUAGUCUCGGUCUUCCCCUUGGUGGUCUUUCUGUGGGCAUGCUCACUGCUUCCACCGCUUUUAUGCUGUAUCCUCUUGCAUUGGACGCCUGUCUUAGCUCUGAAUUGAGGGAGUUUUUAUUCCCCUUCGGCACUGCGGUUGUGGCUGACCUGUAUACGUAUCUGCUGCUUCCUGUGGGGUUGCCGUGUGGCGUGUGUGCUGGCUAUGCGGUGCAGAUGCUGCUCGGGAAGACUAUUGCAGCGCAAACAUCCACAAGAACUACAGCAGGAGCGUCAUCCUCUUCCUGGAGUACAACUAGAACAGCAUACUGCUCUCCCUAUUUAAUCCUAGCGCAGAUGCUUUUCUUGUUUUGUGUAUACAGUGGACGCGCAUCCAUGACGAAGUCUGUGGACGAUUUGAAGUGGGAAGUGCGGUUGGACUCAACCACUGGGAAGUUGUACAGCUGGAACCCUGCAAGCGGCGAAAGGUCAACUAGUCCCGACACCGCUCAGGAUUGUGAAGUCCAGCGGAACUUCCUGUCAGGGUUUCGAGCUUUAGCCGGAUCGAUUCCACAACUGGAUAGGAGUUGGUUUCAAGCAUUUCGACAGCCACUACCGCGUGUUGUACAAGAAAACAAGCGGUCACUACCGAAUGCUGUUCAACAAGAUCAACAUGGAGAAAAUGAUGAAAAUAGCCAGACUUUCUCAUGGACUACUCCACCAAGACUCCCAGAUCUUGAUGCGCAUCAACGGCUCGUCGCACUAGUAGAUGCAUUAAGCCGAUUACAAAAAGUGAUAGGACGACAGAGCAACACUGGAGUAACCGAUCCAGCAAUCUUGGACUUCCUCCAAAGAUAUGCUUUGCACUACGAUGUGCCUUUUUCAGAACUUCAGGUCUGCUCGCUUUCUCGCGUUUUAGCGGAUUUUUCCAAGGGUGGCCGUACACAACUCCAGGACACGCAAAAGCGAGCUCUAGCACGAUGGAAACGCGAAAUAGACAUUGCACAGCAAAACGACGAAGGUGGGGUUAUCUGGCAUUUCGUGUGUUGGCUCUUGGGUGUGCCAGCAAGGGAAGAAGAAAAUGCGCGGGGGUCGACUGAAUGCCAAGCAACAAGACCCUCCUGUGAGAGUGAGAAGAGUGCACUCACGCUUCUGAUUGAAAACAUUUCCAUGUUGGAUGAUGUUUUGAAGAAAGAUGCUGCUAAUGAAGAAUCUAUAGCACAG